CGGCCAAACCCUCAGUAUAAAUACAAGCUGUCCAGCCUAGUCUCAAGCUCUCUCGCUCUCUUAUCGCUGCGUCUCUCUCCCAUCUCAAAGAAUCUUAGUCGAAGCGAUCCCAGGGAGACUCUCUGCAAACAUGUUGGUUUAUCAGGACCUCCUCUCUGGUGAUGAGCUUCUCUCUGACUCCUUUCCUUACAAGGAAAUCGAAAACGGAGCUCUGUGGGAAGUUGAAGGAAAGUGGGUUAUUCAAGGAGCAAUUGAUGUAGAUAUUGGUGCAAACCCUUCUGCUGAAGGGGGUGGAGAGGAUGAGGGUGUUGAUGACCAAGCUGUUAAGGUGGUUGACAUUGUGGACACAUUCAGGCUUCAGGAGCAACCUGCUUUUGACAAGAAGGCGUUUGUCACAUGGGUGAAGAGGUACAUCAAAACUUUGUCAGCUAAGUUGGAUGGGGAGAAACAAGAAGAGUUCAAGAAAACCAUUGAGGGAGCAACCAAGUUCCUGCUUUCGAAGCUCAAGGACCUCCAAUUUUUUGUGGGGGAAAGUAUGCAUGACGAUGGUAGUUUGGUUUUUGCUUAUUACAAGGAUGGAGCCACUGACCCAACUUUUCUGUAUUUUGCUCAUGGGUUGAAGGAGGUCAAGUGCUGAGAAGUAGCAAAGCUGGCUUCAAAGCAGAGAAAUGCUUGUUAUAGAGUCCUUAGCUUUCUAUUAUUGCCCCUUUUUUUUUUUUUUUUUUGCCUUUUUUAUUUUAUUUUAAAUCUUUCUUUUCUGUAUUUUCGGUACUUAAAAGGCUUCAGGCCAGGUCUUUGGUUUUCUGUUGACAGUUUAUGGUUUGAACACUGUUUUCGUAAGUCACUGGGGUAUUUACGGUAUGAUCGAGAAACAAUCAAUUUGUGAUCUAGAUUUUUGAAACCAUAAGUUUAUUAUCCUUUUAUAAAAAUUGAUUUGGAUUUA